CAGCAGCAGCAGCAGCAGCAGCAGCGACGCGGACGCGUGUUGGAGGAUGGUCGCUCAUUCCCGCUGUCCUCGGUGAAGAGAAGCAGACGGUGCCUGCCUGCCGCCGACCGGCAGACCGACCGGAGUCCCCCCCCCCCCCCCGCCCCCUCCCCGGUGACCGCGCUCUCAGCCUGCGCGCGGACUGAAAGGCAGAGAAGCAGAAAAAGCAUUUCGCAACGUGUUUUGAAUGCAGCCUUCAGAGUCUGGGAUCCGUCUGUGAGCCUCGCAACGCGCAGGAUGUUUUGAGCGCCAAGCGGCCGGUGUGGUCGGAGGGGGGGUUUCUUCACUGCGCACACAGGCGGCGGAGCGUCUCUGCGCCUCCGCUCGUCUCCUCACAACAACACCGGAGACCGGAGGCGGCGGAGAGAGGAAGACAGACAGAGAGAGAAAAGAGAGCACGCGCGCGCCAGGAGGGACGAAAUCUGGACAUACGCGGCGCUAAAAUGACGAUGUCCGUCCCGGAGAGGAAAUCAGGGUCGGAGGGGAAGGAGGAGGAGAGCGAGGAUGAGAGCGAGAUCCUGGAGGAGAGCCCGUGCGGCCGCUGGCAGAAGCGGAAGGAGCAGGUCAGCCAAGGUAAUGUCCCGGGCGUGGAGAGCGCCUCCCUGGCCAUGGACACAGAGGAGGGCGUCGAAGUGGUCUGGAACGAAGUGCUCUUCUCUGACAAGAAGGUCUUCAAAGCACAGGAGGAGAAAAUCAAGGAGAUGUUCGAGAACCUGAUGCAGGUCGAACACCCCAACAUUGUCAAGUUCCACAAAUACUGGCUGGACAUGAAGGAGAGCCAGGCUCGGGUUAUAUUCAUCACAGAAUACAUGUCAUCAGGCAGCCUCAAGCAGUUCCUAAAGAAAACAAAAAAGAAUCACAAGACCAUGAAUGUGAAGGCCUGGAAACGAUGGUGCACCCAGAUUCUCUCUGCACUCAGUUACCUACACUCCUGUGACCCACCAAUCAUCCAUGGCAACCUGACAUGUGACACCAUCUUCAUUCAGCACAACGGCCUCAUCAAGAUCGGCUCAGUGUGGCAUCGGCUAUUUGUUAAUGUGUUUCCAGAUGCCAACGUGCACGGUAAAGGAAGACAGCACCGCGACGAACAAAGAAACCUUCACUUUUUUGCUCCUGAAUAUGGAUCUAGUGAAGACGAUUACUCUAUAGACAUUUUCUCCUUUGGCAUCUGUGCUCUGGAGAUGGCGGUACUGGAGAUCCAAGCCAACGGAGACACUGCAGUGUCCAAAGAGGCCAUAUCCAGUGCGGGUCAAUCUCUGGAAGACCCUCUCAUGAGAGAGUUCACUCAGUCGUGUUUGUGCCAUGAAGCCAAACUUCGGCCGACUGCUCACGACCUCCUGUUCCACCGCGUCCUGUUCGAGGUCCACUCCCUCAAACUGCUUGCUGCCCACUGCCUCAUCAACAACCAGUAUUUGCUUCCUGAGAACUGCGUGGAAGAGAAAACCAAAUCGUUUGACCCCAACGCCAUCAUGGCAGAGAUCAAACACGAUGAUCGUCAGGGAGUUCAGCUCAAGUACUCCCAUGUUUCUCCGUUGGAGCUCGACAAGUUCCUGGAGGAUGUCAAGAACGGGAUUUACCCCUUGAUGAACUUCGCCUCGUCUCGGCCUCACCCUGUCCCUCGAGCGCUGUCCUUGUCUCAGGAGCAGGUGGAGACGGUCAAGACACCGACUCCUGAGCCCCAGGAGACAGAGACCAGGAAGGUUGUUCAGAUGCAGUGUAACUUGGAGUCAAAUGAAGAAGGGACCAAAACGCACCUGUCCUUGUUUCUGAGGAUGGAUGACAAACUUCAUCGGCAGCUUAGCUGUGACAUCCUACCAACGGACUCCUCCAAAGACCUUGCCAGUGAACUUGUUCACUACGCCUUCAUUAAUGAGGAGGACAGUGAGAAGGUGGCGGGGUUCCUGGAGGACGCCAUCAGCCGCCACCGGGUCCGAGUGCUCACCUCUGGGAGUACGCAGUGAGGACGGGGGUCACGACAGCGGCCGGCCCAGACGGAGGGGCCCGGGGCAUUGACCACGGCGGCGGAGGCGGCGGGGCGGGAUCACACAGCCGGGCACCGAGGGAGCAGAAGGAGCUGACCCAGCUGGGGACAAACACAGACGGACCGCUGAGCCUCGACGGGCAGCAAAUCAUCCCAGUGAAGAAGGAAGGAAACGGGCGAGCAGCUGAGAGAGAGAGAGAGAGAAACCGAACGCACCUCUGGUUGGAGGACCAGAGACAUCACGGCUACGUCCACAAACCCCACAGAGCAGUGGAACAUUGACAAACUCCCUGCUCAGAAGGGCUGCCAUGCCUUAAAGAUAUCUUGACAACUGCGUUUUUUUUUUUUUCAUAAUGCCACUUUAAAGAACAGAUACGUUUUACCUUCGAAUGCCGCAGCUAAUGCUUUCAAAAGGACUUUUUAUUGCUCCGAGCCUUGUUUGCAUCCAAUUCCCAUCCAUAACGUGUGAUAUUUCCUUUUAUUCAUAAACAGUAAAUGACUAAAACCUCCCUCUCUUAUAGGAAUUUGAUAUUCCGUCCUACAUGCACUGUUAAUACUUAAAUCAGUUGACUUAUUUAUUUUUUUUGUGUACAACUGUGAACAACAGAAACAUUGCACAAGCCUGUGAGUUGCUGUUUUUGGUUUUCCUUUGUGUUUCUGGCCUGCAAAAUGACACACCGCACCAAAACUCUUGAGUUAAAGGCUAAUUCUCUGCGAGCUAGACAUGUCGCGUGUUAAAUGCAGUGACGGACAGUGAGAUGACGCCUCUCUCUUUAGCCUGUUGUGCUCUUAAGGGUUUUCCCUGUCAUCGUGUUCUGAAAGCCAAAGACUUGCAAAGUGCCUGACAUGGCAAUGUACUUUGGACAAAAUUUCCACCUGAAAUUGCAACAAACUGAACCGCAAUUUGACUGUUUUUGGUUGAUUUAAACUUUUAAAAUCGGAUAGUCUUUCGGACGGGCUACUUCCUCAUGAGUUUACAGAGUGAAGCAGCUCUGCUUGGCUUAGCAAUGAAAUGGUUUUAAUCUCUGCUGCUGUAGUCUGAAUCAUAAUGAAAACAGCUUCAACCUGAGUUCAAAAAUUGGAAUGUAUCAGUUUAUAGGUUAAAAAUAUGACCCCAUACCUAAUAAGAAAUGUUCAUUAAUCCAACAAUUGAAUUUAUAUAUAUAUAUAUAUAUAUAUAUAUAUAAAAAAGCCAGAAUGUUGAAUGAGGAUUACUGCUGUACUUUUAAUUUCGUAAACUAUCUGGGAAUAUUUUCUUAAGCCCCCCCCCUUUUUUUUUUUUUGUAAAUAUCUAGAGAUCUUCAAAAGGAAAAAUCUACCCAAAAAAUUGAAAAAAAGAAAAAAAUAGUUGACGUUUUAUAGGAUUUUACUUUCAAGCUGAGCUUUUUCACCUGGCGUCUGCUCCUGAUCUACUGAUGAUAAAACAAAGGAUGCAAAAGAGAAAUCUCCUGCUUUCGAAAUCUGUCUCCUCUCAGACCUGCAUGUACUGCCAAGUCCACUCAGACAGCAUCUGUACGAACUCUGAAAAUGAUUGUAUGGCCACCCACGCAAACACAACGGCAGAAUGCAGCAUUGCAGAGCCACAUUUUUCAGUCCAGCCCAUUCUUGGAAACGUGAACGGUAAUUGGGUGGAUUUUUCCUGAGCAAGACAAUGAAAAUCUAUUUAGAAAAAAAAAAAAGGAUAGUGUGAAUCGUCUGAUUACUCCUCAGCAAUAUGCUCGUUUGUCAGAUUCGGUGUGCUCUGCUCUAUUUGUUUUCUGGAUCUGGAAGGUUACAGUUUUAUAACAGUUGUACUGCUGUACAGUCUUUACUAAUUUGACUGUGUCAGGCCUACUUACCAAUGACAGAAAUUCUUCAGGAGGGUCUUCUACUAUAGGCUAUGGUGUACAUAUUUGUUUGUAGCUGCCCAAUGGUUUAUUAUGGAUGUAAAUUCAAUGCAAAGCAGUGCCACUGUUGCUCUCAUUUGAUCUUGUAAGCUGCAUGUCUUAAUAGCCUGCAACCAUUCGAAACUUUGCAUUUUGCCUUUUUCAGUCACAGCUCAGUUCCAGGGGGAAUCUGACCAAGAAAAUGAAUGUGUAGACUGUCCAAGCAUUAUGACAAAAAAAAAAAAAAAAAAAAAUCAUAUCAGUCUUAUUUUAUUUUUUCUUGUGAUUUUGUUAAAGGAGACUUGCCUUUGGAUGUGUUCAACUUAAACUUUUGUUAAAUAUUGUAGCUACUGCAAUUAAUUAUAUGACAAUAAACAAGAUGGAACA